CACAAUGCCGCAAAAAUUCAAAAAAAACCACCAUAUCAAAUAAAAACUUAGGUCGGUAACACAAAUAGGGCACGAGUAACAACUAACAAACCCCUUCCGUCACUAUUCACAACCCUCCGAUCACCGGAAAAUGACGCAAUUCUGGAAACCAGGAACCGCGAAGCCUCGGCUUCUGGACGACGAAGAAGGCGGCGUUCUAUUCUAUUCCGCCACUCCAUCCUCUUCACACUCAUAUGGCUAUGCGAGCUUAGAGAACCAGAGGCAGAGGUUACCUGUGUUCAAGUACAGAACGUCUAUUUUGUAUCUGGUGGAGACUCAUUCCACCACUAUUAUUGUUGGAGAAACUGGCAGUGGUAAAACCACUCAAAUCCCUCAGUAUCUUAAGGAAGCGGGGUGGGCUGAUGGUGGACAUAUUAUUGCUUGUACUCAGCCAAGACGUUUAGCCGUGCAGAGUGUUGCUGCAAGGGUGGCAGAAGAAAUGGGAGUCAAACUUGGGGAGGAAGUUGGUUAUACUAUUCGAUUUGAAGAUGUGACAAAUUCAGACUUAACAAAGAUCAAAUUUCUCACUGAUGGAGUAUUACUAAGAGAAAUGAUGGAUGAUCCUCUCCUUAGCAAGUACAGUGUGAUUAUGGUAGAUGAAGCUCAUGAGAGAUCCCUUUCAACAGACAUAUUGUUGGGUCUACUGAAAAAGAUUCAACGCCGUAGGCCCGAGUUGCGCCUUAUUAUUGCUUCAGCCACAAUCGAAGCCAAAUCAAUGGCUGCAUUUUUCCAAAUCAGAAAAAGGAGGCCUCGAUUGGAAGGAGAAGAUAGUGGACUGCAGACGGAACCUGCUAUUUUGUCUGUUGAGGGUAGAGGAUAUAACGUUCAGAUUUUCUAUGUUGAAGAGCCUGUUUCAGAUUAUCUUCGAGCUACUGUUUCAACAGUAAUGUCAAUUCAUGAUAAGGAGCCAAUGGGGGAUAUUCUUGUCUUUUUAACUGGCCAAGAUGAUAUUGAUACUGCCGUUCAAUUAAUCACGGAAGAAGCCCAAAAUAGCGGCAAGUCUUCUCUAGGAUUGAUUGUUUUGCCUUUGUAUUCUGGACUCACUCGUGCAGAUCAGGACUUGGUGUUUUCUCCUUCCCCCAGAGGGAAACGAAAGGUGGUGAUCUCAACCAAUAUUGCAGAGACAUCCCUGACGUUAGAGGGUAUCGUCUAUGUUGUUGAUAGUGGUUUCUCAAAACAAAGGUUUUACAACCCGAUUACAGAUAUAGAAAACCUUGUAGUGGCACCGAUAUCCAAAGCAUCUGCUAGACAACGGGCCGGAAGGGCUGGAAGAAUACGACCCGGGAAAUGUUACAGGCUAUAUACAGAGGAUUAUUUUGCCAAUGAGAUGUCGUCACAUGGGAUUCCUGAGAUGCAAAGAUCGAACCUUGUAUCUAGUGUGAUUCAGUUAAAGGCAUUGGGUAUUGAUAAUAUCUUAGGGUUUGAUUGGCCCGCAUCACCAUCAUCCGAAUCAAUGGUCAGAGCUCUUGAAGUAUUGUAUUCACUUGGAGUUCUCGAUGAUGAUGCAAAACUUACUUCGCCAGUAGGAUUUCAAGUUGCAGAGCUACCAUUGGAUCCCAUGAUCUCAAAAAUGAUCAUAGCAUCAGAUCAACUUGGAUGUUCUGAAGAAAUAAUAACCGUCUCUGCUGUCCUCUCAGUUCAGUCAAUAUGGAUAUCCGUUAAGGGGCAGAGGGAACUGGAUGAGGCCAAGUUGAGAUUUGCCGCAGCCGAGGGUGAUCAUGUGACCUUCCUGAAUGUAUACAAGGGAUUUCUUCAGUCAAAUAAAUCUUCAAAAUGGUGUCACAAAAACUUUAUUAAUUACCAUGCGAUGAAAAAGGUACUCGAAGUCAGAGAACAGCUAAGAAGAAUAGCACAACGAAUAGGAUUAGACUUAAAAUCAUGCGAAAACGAUACGCAGGUGCUAAGAAAGGCGGUAACUGCUGGAUUUUUUGCUAAUGCAUGUCGUUUAGAGCCAUACAGUCAUAACGGGAUGUACAAGACUGUCAGGAGUUCUCAAGAAGUUUACAUUCAUCCAUCGUCUGUACUGUUCAGGGUGAACCCAAAAUGGGUUAUAUAUAAUUCACUUGUAUCGACAGAUCGUCAAUACAUGCGCAACGUUAUUUCCAUUGAGCCUUCUUGGUUGAGAGAGGCUGCACCUCACUUUUACCAACAGCAACCAAUGAAUGCUAAUCGCCAUUAAUACAAGCGUUGCCUUGAAUUAGCUGGAAAUAUACAUAUUUUUGCUUCUUGUUAUUAAACGAGUUGACGCUAGACCGCGCGUUGCGGUGGGAUGUUUUAAAAAUGUUACCUUUAAAACAGAACGUGACUGAUGUCGAUUUUGAUUUCGAUUUACGAAAAGGCCUGUGUAAAUUGCAAUUCAUCUCAUCUUUUUGCGAUAUACUAAAUUUGAUGCCAGUA